AUGCUCGAACUGUUGAAAGAUAUUGCGCAGUGUGUUGCUUUGUGUAUUUCAAUUGCUUUGAACUCCAUUCUCACUUAUUUGAUCAUGACAAAAUCGAACAGCAAGAUGGGCUCGUACAAGUAUAUUAUGAUGUACAUGUCUCUGUCAGCACUCUGUUACUCUGUAUUGGGAUUGAUAGUGAGGCCGGAUCUCUUAUCCUACAGCUCAUGCUUUUCUGUGUACGUGAAAAACUCCACUGCAAUUUUCAAGCCGGUAGUCAUGAUUUAUCUGAUGUCAUUCAUCUGUGCCUUCUACUUUUUCUUCGCAUCACUGAUUGCAGUGCAUUUUGUGUACCGUUACAAUGCCCUUAAAUAUGGACCUAACUGGACAUAUUUCAAAGGGAAAUUUCUGUUCUGCUGGUUCCUAAUCUCUCCCAUUCUUUACGUCAAUUGGACACUGAACUGUUUACUAGUAUUCCAGCCGAACGAGAAUAAUACCGAGUUUCUAAGAAAACGCAUGAAGAAUGAUUUUGGAGUGAAUGUAGAUGAUAUCACCUAUAUUAUUGCUGAGUUCUAUCCCAUGGAUAGAAAUGGAAUACGGACUCCGUCUUUUUGGACCUUUUUUUCAGGCAUCAAUUUUCUUGUGAUGACAGUGGCAUCCCUCAUUGUUAUAUUAGUAUUCGGGUUCAAAUGUUAUUACGAAAUGACACGUGUUGUGAUGCCUGGUCGAAACUACUCAAUCACUCAAAAGCUACUUCAAACUCAACUAUUCCGAGCUCUCGUCUUCCAAACUCUCAUUCCUUCAGUUAUAAUGUACCUUCCCCUCUUUGUUCUUUUCAUAUUUCCCAUGUUCAACAUUGAUUUGGGGUUUGCUCAUUAUGUCUCUAUUUCUAUAUCGCUUUAUCCAGCUCUUGACGCUCUUCCUAAUCUACUUUUCAUUAGAGAUUAUCGAGAUGGUCUAUCCAAUUUCUUGAAGAAACCUCACGAGACUACUCUCAAAAGUUUUGAACCAUAUUCUAUUCGGAGAGGUAGUAGAUUGACUAGUGCUACAAGAAGUACAGUUCAUUUGAGCUAG